CUCUAGCCAAAGUUCAUUUCCUCUUUCUGGGGAACUCAGUGCCUCGUGGAAACUGAAUAAGUGUUCGUCAAAUACAAAUCAGCGAGAGCUAAGCGAAAGAAAAGUGCCGUAAUGACUCGAAACCAGUGUGGGAUCUCGAACGACCAGAUGACGAAAGCCGAUAUUAAAACGAAAGAAUCCCCUGAGGAUCUAAAUACUGCUGAAGGUAUCACUAAUCACUUUAUCACUGAAGCCAACUUAGGAGUACAGGACACAGAAAUGGACAAUAAACAAUCGGAUUCAAGCUUAACAAACACUGCAACCAAACAACAAUUGAAUCCUCUUGAACAAAACAAUUCUAGUGCUUCCAUUAGUAAUGGAGAUUCAAAAUUCGUGAGCCUCCAACUACGCUUUUGGAAAAGAACGAAAUCGGAUGGGGCAAGGUACAAGAAACGAAAACCGACCUGCUAUUUUGGAGACAAGGAAACAGAAGACAAAAGACCUACACGUUCACGAAGCGCGGAAGUCUGCCGAAAACCAGUUCAAAACGCUGCAGGAAUUUGCGAAAGUCCUGUGUUCUUUUCAGCGAUUGGUGAAUGGACAAUUGUCGAUCUCGAUCCUGAAGUUUUUGAGAAGGAAGACGCAAAGCGUAUAAUUUAUUUAAGAAGAAAAAAAACCUCUUACAAGGAGGUAGAACCAGAAAACGUGUGUUCUAUUCUAUAGUGAGACUACCAUUGCAAAGUUUGCGGAGAAAGUAAUUCCUCAUCUCUCUCGUGAUCGACAGCGGAGUGCGAUUCAAUCUCACGAGAUAAUAGCUACAGGACUUGGUGUUCAAACUCUUUACACUCCGAGAAAAAUUUACGAAUUGGCAUGGGCAGUCGAAAUAUUCCCAUGAGACAUCGCGGCAUUGCGUCAUAACAACAAGUUAAGUAGCAAGCUAGUUAAAAUCUAAACCAAAGGAAUUUCAAUAGAAAUGUCGCUUAAGAACAAUAGGCCACUCGUCCGGUGGAAUUUACCAUUAUUGUUAUUUCUUAAACAGAGGGUUAGAAUUUUCAAGAAGUAAUAAUCAGUUGUAAUCUGUCCUGCUUUGUUGUGGACUACGUUUUACGGGUAACCUAGCCAACGGUGAGUUUUGUUAGUCCUAGCCUAGCGGUAAGUUUUGUUAGUCCUAGCGGCGAGGAUAGUAGUUGUCCGGAGUUUUCAAGAACAGUGCAAGAACGACGACAAUUGACGACUGUAGAAUAAAACCUGUGGACACCA